CCCGCCCCCGCCGGGCCGGGCUGCGGGGUCAGGGGCCAAGCGGAGCGGGUUAUCACUUAACAUGGAAGGAGAUGAGUUCUUUGGAGAAAAAGCAUUCCAGCAUUAUUGUGCAGAAUUUAUUAAACAUUCACAACAAAUAGGUGAUGGCUGGGAAUGGAGAACGUCAAAGGACUGUUCUGAUGGUUACAUGUACAAAAUACACUUUCACAUUAAAAAUGGGACUGUGGUGUCACAUCCAGGGACAUCUGGCCAUGGACAGACAUGUCUUCCCUUGGAGGAGGCUUCAGAGCUACCCUCGGAUGAUUUUGAAGUGACUGGGACUGCAGCAGCGGCAUCUGAAGUGAUUAAAUAUGAAUACCAUGUCUUAUAUUCCUGUAGCUACCAAGUGCCUGUACUUUACUUUAGGGCAAGCUUUUUAGAUGGGAGACCUUUAACUCUGAAGGACAUAUGGGAAGGAGUCCAUGAGUACUAUAAGACACGGCUGCUCCAGGGACCUUGGGACACUAUCACCCAGCAGGAACAUCCAAUACUCGGGCAGCCCUUUUUUAUACUUCAUCCCUGCAAGACGAAUGAAUUCAUGACUCCUAUAUUAAAGAAUUCUCAGAAAAUCAAUAGGCACGUCAACUACAUCACGUCAUGGCUGAGCAUCGUAGGGCCAGUUGUUGGGCUGAAUCUACCUCUGAGUUAUGCUGAAGCCACCUCACAGGGUGAACGAAAUGUGGACUGACCAAGAUUCUUCAUUUGAACUUAGAAAUUGCAACAUGAAACGUACCAAAAGUUUCCCUGGCCAGCUGUUUUAUAAGACCAAUACUAUGCAAUAUUUCAUCUCACCAAGAUUUGACAUGGAUUGUUUUUCCCUCAGAAGCAAAUGGCUGCAGCAACUGAUAUUUGAUAUACAAUGUACUGAAUGUUUAGAAAAAACACUUCAAAGAUACAACUUACUAUAAAUAACAAAAAAAAAUGAACCUAAUUUAGUAAUACUAGAUAUACUGACAUCAUUAGGGCACUAAUUGUCAUUUUUUUCUAGGCUAGGCACUUCCCUUCCCUUUUUUCUGAUAUUGAGAUUGAUAGAGAAAUUGAUUUGUAUACUCUUUUCAAUGUAAGAUGUAUGAAAUUAAAACACAGGAUUUACACAUCCCUGAAAUUAGUGAUAUAAAUAUAACCAAUCUUAUUUUCCCACAAUCAAACUCAAGAAUGAUAGAUUAUUUGGGUUUUAUUCCAAAUGUGUAUGUGCGCGUGCAUGUAUGUGGGUGUGUGCAAAUAGAUAAUACAGAAUAAGGAAAAUACAAUCAAUAUUUUAUUGUGAGGUAGUGUGUUUUAACAAGCAAAGUAUGGCAUAGUAACUAGAUAGGAAGUAUUUAAACAUUAACGAUUCUUUUUACCUAUAGUAACUAAACAAUAGUCAUUGUGUCACUCUUCUUGUCAAACUCACAAAUGGCUCUACUCUACUAUAUGAGGGAUCUUGAGCAAAUCUUCACAUCUGCAAGACUUAUUUCUUCAUCUUUAAUUUGGGAAUAACAAGCUAACUCAUAGGGUUUCUGUGAGAACCACAUGUGAUUGUUAAUGCCUGGGAAAAUAUUACAAAGUAUUAUACAAAUACCCCUUAAAUGGUUACCUUGUCUGCGAUUGUUAUUUGCUC